AAUACAUACAGAGAGAGAGAGAGAGAGAGAGAGAGAGAGGAGGGGGUGGCCGGGCAGUGUGCGUACGGCCGAGCCUCCGUCUGUUCUCCACACACACACACACCGCGGAUUAACUAGCCAGCUCGCCGCUCUCUGCACGCCGAGGUGAGCCAUGCCCGUCCCCGUUAUCCGAGCCGAGCCGCUGGAGCCGCACAAAGCUGCCCUCCCACGCUGACUGACUGACUGGGUGGAGGAGAUGCUCAGCGCGGAACCGGGAGCUCGGACGACGCGGACGGCGAGCCGCCGCGGAUUAAGGAUGUAGGCUGGGUUAUUGUGGCGCUCGGCGUGGUUUUAUCCCUUCUGCGGAGCAUCUUCUUCUUCAAAGGGAUAUCUUAAUAUCAAGAUAGAUAACGCUAGAUAGCUACACUCGCUAUCAGUGGCUGCGCUCUCCAUCUCCUCUUUUUUCUCACAGAGGAGGCUUAACGUUCACCUAACAGCUGACGUCUGAACAGAAACGUUGGGGAGACGGCCGUUGUCUACUCAGGCUAGCUAACAGAAAGCAUGGGGAACGCGGAGAGCAUGGAUGCCCAGCUCACGGACUUCAGGGCGAGGAGUAAGCCCCCCAAGCUGCCCAUGCCGGACCCGGCCGAGCUGGAGGAGCGCUUCUCCAUCGCGCUGAACUCCAUGAAUCUUCCACCGGACAAAGUGAGGAUUCUGCGGCAGUACGACAACGAGAAGAAGUGGGAGCUAAUCUGUGACCAGGAACGUUUCCAGGUGAAGAACCCUCCCCACACGUAUCUCCAGAAGCUGAGAGGAUUUCUGGACCCAGCUGUCACAAGAAAGAAAUUCAGGAGGAGAGUCCAGGAGUCCACACAGGUGCUGCGUGAGCUGGAAAUUUCACUCCGAACCAAUCAUAUUGGGUGGGUGCGCGAGUUCCUGAAUGAAGAAAACCAAGGGUUGGACGUGUUGGUGGAGUACCUGUCCUUCGCACAGUACGCUGUUACCUUUGAUGGUGAUGUUGCAGAGAGCAGUGGUGAGGGGGCGUCUGUGGAGACUCCCUGGAGCAGAUCUAUAGAGGAUCUUCAUGGUGACAGUAAUCUGCCCUCACCGGUCAGCAGCAGCAGCAUCCCACGCUCCACACGACACUCCUUACGGUCUAACACCCUGCCCAGCCGCCGAACGCUGAAGAACUCUCGCUUGGUGUGUAAGAAAGAUGAUGUGCACGUCUGCAUCAUGUGUCUCAGAGCCAUCAUGAACUACCAGUACGGCUUCAACAUGGUAAUGUCACAUCCGCAUGCUGUGAAUGAAAUAGCCCUGAGCCUCAACAACAAAAAUCCAAGGACCAAAGCCCUGGUGCUGGAGCUGCUGGCUGCUGUGUGUCUGGUGAGAGGAGGGCACGAGAUCAUUCUUGCUGCCUUCGAUCAUUUCAAAGAGGUCUGCUCUGAGACCCUGCGGUUUGAGAAACUAAUGGAAUAUUUCAAAAAUGAGGACAACAAUAUUGAUUUCAUGGUUGCUUGCAUGCAGUUUAUCAACAUUGUGGUGCACUCCGUAGAAGACAUGAAUUUCAGAGUUCACCUUCAGUAUGAUUUCACCAAACUCUCACUGGACGAGUACCUGGAGAGACUGAAGCACACAGAAAGUGAUAAGCUGCAGGUGCAGAUCCAGGCAUACCUGGAUAACUUAUUUGACGUUGGCACCCUACUGGAGGAUGCUGAGACCAAGAACGCGGCGCUGGAACGUGUGGAGGAGCUGGAGGAGAACCUUUCACAUCUGACGGAUAAGCUGCUAGACACAGAGAACGAGGCCAUGUCUAAGAUAGUGGAGCUGGAGAAGCAGCUAAUGCAGAAGAACAAGGAGCUGGACUCUGUACGGGCCGUGUAUCGGGAUGCCAGUUCACAGGUGCACACGCUGCGGCGCAUCGUGCGCGAGAAGGACGAGACCAUCCAGCGGCAGACCAAACUGGAAAAGAAGAUAAGUGAGCUGGAGCGGCGCGGCAGCCUGCAGAUCCAGGUGAGGGGGGAGGGCGAUGGGGAGGGUGAGGUGUCCCCCCUGCCCUCUCCUCCUCAGCCCAUGCCACUGUCGCCGUGCCCCGAUGCCAUGGCUCAGGCUGGAGCAUGUGCUGGCACCUCCUACAGUCUCAGCAGCACUUCUCACACUGGAACUCUGAGAAAGAUGGCCACACCUCCUCCACCGCCGCCUCCACCUCCACCACCGCCUCCACCGCCACCACCUAUGCCAGGCUCUUCUUUACCUAAUGGACCCUCAGCUGCUCCGCCUCCCCCUCCUCCUCCGCCCCCUCCUCCGCCCCCACCCCCAGGGCAUGCUAUAGAGAUGUCCACCCCUCUGCCUCCUCCCCCUCCCCCUGUAGCCCCUCCCCUUCCAGGCUGUGGAACGCCCACAGUCAUAUUCAACUCUGGCCUAACGGACGGACCAAUCAAGCUCUUCUCUGUGAAGAUUAAGAAGCCAAUCAAAACCAAAUUCAGAAUGCCAGUCUUCAACUGGGUGGCUCUGAAACCCAAUCAGAUCAAUGGCACGGUCUUCAACGAGAUCGAUGAUGAAAGGAUCCUGGAGGAUCUGAACGUGGAUGAGUUUGAGGAGAUGUUUAAGACCAAAGCUCAGGGUCCAGCGGUGGACAUGACCCUGAGCAAACAGAAGGCACCACAGAAAGGCCCCAAUAAAGUGUCGCUACUGGAGGCCAACAGGGCCAAAAACCUGGCCAUCACCCUCCGUAAAGCAGGAAAGAGUCCGGAGGAGAUCUGCAAAGCAAUUCAGACGUUUGACCUGCGCACUGUUCCCGUGGACUUUGUGGAGUGUCUGAUGCGCUUCAUGCCGACGGAGGGGGAGGUGAAGAUGCUGCGGCAGUACGAGCGGGAGCGGCGGCCUACAGCCGAGCUUACAGACGAGGACCGCUUCAUGAUGCUCUUCAGCAAGAUCGAGCGGCUGCCUCAGAGGAUGACUAUUAUGGCUUUCAUGGGCAACUUCAACGACAGUCUGCAGAUGCUCACACCGCAACUUCAUGCGAUCAUUGCAGCCGCUGUAUCUAUAAAAUCGUCCCAGAAGUUAAAGAAGAUCCUUGAAAUCAUCCUGGCUCUGGGGAACUACAUGAACAGCAGUAAGAGAGGAGCUGUGUACGGAUUCAAGCUUCAGAGUUUAGAUCUGCUGCUUGAGACCAAGUCCACAGACAGAAAGCAGACUCUGCUACAUUAUAUUGCUAAUGUGGUGAGGGAAAAGUACCCUGUGGUUUGCAUGUUCUACAAUGAACUCCAUUACGUUGAGAAGGCUGCUGCUGUCUCUUUGGAGAACGUUCUUCUGGAUGUGCGAGAGCUUCAAAGAGGGAUGGAUCUGACCCGUCGAGAGUACAGCAUGCAUGGCCACAACUCACUGCUCAAAGACUUCAUCCACCACCACGAGACCAGACUGAAGAAGCUGCUGGAUGAUGCCAGGAUCGCACAGGAUGCUUUUGAUGAUGCUGUGAAAUACUUUGGGGAGAGUUCCAAAACAAUGCCCCCCUCCGUCUUCUUCCCAGUGUUUGUUCGAUUUGUCAAAGCCUACAGGCAAGCAGACGAGGAAAAUGAGCAGAGGAAGAGGCAGGAGCAGCUGAUGAUGGAGAAACUUCUGGAACAGGAAGCGCUGAUGGAGGAGCAGGAGGAUCAGCAGUCUCCAUCACAUAAGGGGAAGAGGCAGCAGCAGGAGCUGAUAGCUGAGCUGAGGAAGAGGCAGGGGAAGGAUAGCCGCCUCGUCUACGAGGGCAAAGAUGGUGCCAUCGAGGACAUCAUUACAGACCUCCGGAGUCAUCCCUUCCGUCGGGCUGACGCCUACAGGAGGAGCACGAGGAGGAACUUUGACGGACAGCACCUUCAGCUGCUCAGCGUGGAGAUCACCACCUGCUAGCCAGGCUUACUGAGCCCCAGAAAACAAAAAGACUUUGGGGAGGGGGAUCCAGCCUAAUUCACACCCACCUCUCACUUCUCAUUUUUAAAAAUCAGGCCGGAGGAGAAUCAGGUUGAGGUUUGAGACGCUGUGCACUUGGAUCUUGGGUCUGGUUCACCUUCAACUGACUACAGAUAUAAAACACUGGAACUGAUCAAUCAAACCGACCACACAAGAGAAAUGGAAAUGUUUCUCUAGGAAUGCGCCGAAAUUUAAUUUUUAGUUUUUUUUUUUUUUACAAGUUAUCAUUAAUAUGGAAUUUAUUUUUGUCUUUCUUUUUAAACAAAAGGUAGUUGCAAAGCUAUUAUUUAUAAAUAUUUAUUGAACACCAAACAGUUUUUUUUUCCAUCCAUGUGGCUCCAAAUAGCUGAUAGGACUAAGGCACUGUCACUAUGAUACCAGUGGACACCACGUCGAAUGCUAGAUUAUGCUGCUUCACCAUCAGCAGCCGAAGUCCGAGAGAGCACAGUUGACCGUGCUCUCUCUGGUUGGACAGGUGGUGCUCUCUCCCCUCAUCACUCCUGUUGUGAUGCUUGUUGUGAUGCACAGUCGUCCGCUGGCUGAUGUAUCAGAGCUGGGAAUGCUGUGUCUUCUCCCUCCUAGUGUUGGGGGCAUUACUAGUGAUAGGGGGAGUGAAUAUGAACAGAGGAUGGGUAAUUGGCUUCCCAAAUUGGGGAGAAAUCUGGGUAAAAUUUAGAAACAAACAAAAAAACACUAAUAUUUUUAACAACCAACAGAGCACAGUACAGUAUUUUUUAAUACAUAUAUUUAACAGUGGUGCUCCAUGCUAUUUUAAAACCCAUGAACACCGGAAGUGCUUUUUUUUUUUGUUUUUUAGUUGCCAAAUAAUUGGUGCAUUCCUUUUUUUCAUUUUUAUAUAAAAAAACAUUUUUUUAAGACAGUGACCAAGUACACCCCCAAUAAGCUCACAGUUUACAUUCUACUGGAAACUACUGAUCUCGUGGACCCCAAACUCCUUGGGUUCCGUAAGUGGCUCAAACUCCUAGUUGAGCAGCUGUAACUGUCAGACUUGGGAAAACGCCAAUGAUGCACUUUGCUUUUUAACAUUCAGUUAUCGUCCUACUGAACUUUUAAUGCAAAAAGAAAACUGGAUGGAAAGAAAGAGUGAUGAAGAGAGAGAGAGUGAGUGAUGGAGAGAUGUUAAGCUUAUUCUUCACUGGUGCUAUUGAGAACAAUCUCCCUCUGUUUAUGGCCUAAACACAAAAAGGUGCAGACUGACGGACUGAUGAAGCUCUGUGUAAAAUUUAAUUGUACGUCUCAUUCUGAACAUAGAUUUCCUCUCCCACUCGGCUUCUCUCGUGAUCGUUUGUGAACAGUGGAAAAAAAAUUUGCUUGUUUUAAAAAAAAAAAAAAAAGUGAAAAAACAAGGACAUUGCGUUGGAAACAAUAAUUUUGUUUUUCGUUGUUGUUUUUUUUUUUUAAAUGUACAGAUAUUUUGCUACAAAGUUGAUCCCCUUAUUUUUUACAUUGCCCAUCCAUUGUGAUACUGUAUAUAUUGUUGAAACAAGCCCACUCUCCCUCCAAUAUCAUUUUAAUGUUAUGAUGUCACGUUGUAUCAGUAUUAUUUAGUUCAGUGGUGAAGAAAGUGGACCAGAUCACUCUGUGCUAAUUAUCUCUCACUCAUCACAAGUAUCCCAUAAUGGUCAAUGUCUGUGAUUGCACGGUACACUCGAAGGCUUGGACAGACACUAGUGGCACAUAUAACGUUUUUAUACAUUGUUCUUUAAAAACAAAGUGGAACAGUUGUCUGCAAAUAAAGCAACGCCACCAGAA